GUUGAAUGUGAGUCGUAAUGAUGAUAAACAAAAACUGAAUUUACAAUAAUAAGGAAUGUCAACAUUGAAUAAGAAAGAAAAAAAAGAAUGAAUGCAAUAUUCUAUUGUCUUUAGUUCUAAAACGCUCAAAUAGGGGAAGUAAAAAUGUUGAUGGAUGAUUCAUUUUGUGAGUGAUUCACAUUAGAGUUAUGUGAUUCCCGGUUUACUCUGAUCUAAUUCAAAGGCUUUGAGGAAGCUGAAGCUUCAAGCUUGUAUAAAUUAAAACACAUAUAGGUUAGUUUGUUAUCACUGUUAGUUGUUACCAGCAGAGUUAUAGUAACUGCACAUGAAAUAGAUUUUGCAUAAACUGCAAAAAUGAAUUUUGAAACGGAAACUAAUGAUGAUACUGAAGCAUUGUUACCGAACAGGAGAAGGAACCAUUCUACAACAAUUGGAAAUGUGGAUACAGUGAGCUACGUGAAACAGAACGAUGGAGUCGAUGGAGCCGUACCUUUGGGCUCUCUCAACACUCUCAGCUCUCAUUUUGAGAGCUUGGACUACGACAUAUGUGAGAAUACCCUGUUGCUGAAAGAGGCCAUGGGGCGGGGAUACCCAUUCAUCACCCGCAAGAGUAUAGCCCGAUGGUUCAUCUUCCUGGCUAUAGGUGUUUGUACAGCAUUUGUUGGCAUCUUCAUUGAUAUUUCUAUAGAAGAGCUGUCAGACAUUAAAUAUGCCACAAUAAAGAAGUUCCUAGAUGCAUGCUCUACCAAGGAAUGCAUGUACAAGCCCUACUACGUGUGGCUGGGGUUCAACGUGUUUUCAGUUCUUGUAGGCUCCCUACUGGUUACGUAUGUGGAGCCGAUUGCGCUGGGGAGUGGUAUACCACAAGUGAAGUGCUACCUUAAUGGAAUCAAGAUGCCCCGGAUAGUACGAAUCAAGACACUGGCAGUCAAAACAAUUGGUGUUAUAUCUACUGUGGUUGGAGGACUUUGUGGUGGGAAAGAAGGGCCAAUGAUACACUCUGGCGCUGUAGUGGCUGCUGGUAUCUCCCAAGGGAAGAGCACUACCUUCAGUUUCCUGGACUUGUCCAUAUUUACUUACUUCCGAGAGGAUCACGAGAAGAGAGACUUUGUGUCUGGUGGGGCGGCUGCUGGAGUCGCUGCAGCCUUCGGAGCUCCUGUCGGAGGUGUUCUCUUCUCCCUAGAGGAAGGGGCCAGUUUCUGGAACCAAAGUCUCACGUGGAGGAUCUUCUUUGCUUCGAUUGUGUCAACUUUCACUCUCAACAUUGUUUUAAGUGCCUAUCAUGGUCAUCCGGGUGACUUAGCUUAUGCUGGACUUCUAAACUUUGGAGAAUUUGCAAAGCUGUCGUACGAGAUUUUUGAACUACCCUUUUUUGUGUUGAUGGGCGCAUUUGGAGGUCUGACUGGAGCCCUGUUUAACCAUAUCAACUACAAAAUCACAGUGUUUAGAAUGAGGUACAUUCGGUUACGGUGGAUGAAGGUUGUGGAGGCCCUCACGGUGGCUGCCGUUAGUUGUACCAUCGGACUGCUGCUCAUGUUCAACAUUAAUGACUGCAAGCCUCUUGGGACUGACCCAACCAAAGUUCCAGUUCAGCUCUAUUGUCCUGAUGGAGAGUACAAUACAAUUGCAUCUCUGUGGCUGCAAGUGCCUGAAGCUACAGUCAGGUCUCUCUUCCAUGACCCCAUUGGUGCCCAUGAACUGGGUUCAUUGGUCUACUUCGCCACCAUUUACUACCUGCUUUCUAUCUGGACAUAUGGACUGAGUGUGUCGGCCGGGCUGUUCAUCCCCUGUCUACUCACAGGAGCUGCUUGGGGCCGCCUGGUUGGGCUCAGCAUCAAGACUUUCUUUCCUGACGCACUGUGGUGUGUGGACCCAGGCAAGUAUGCACUGGUUGGGGCGGCUGCUCAGCUGGGAGGUGUCGUCCGCAUGACCAUCAGUCUCACUGUCAUCAUGAUCGAGGCCACCGGCAACAUCAGCUUCGGCCUUCCACUAAUGGCCACUCUUAUCACGGCCAAGUGGGUUGGAGACUUCUUCAAUGAGGGUAUCUACGACAUACAUAUACAUCUGUCCGGCGUGCCUCUUUUAGCCUGGGAGCCUCCACCUCUUAUAUACCAGGUUCAAGCAUGUGCCAUCAUGUCCCAUCCUGCUGUUGUGUUCCGCACAGUUGAGAGUGUGAGACACAUCGUCAAUGUGCUGAACCGUGAGACCUACAAUGGCUUCCCUAUAGUUGAUUCUCAGUCUAAGGCUAAUCCUUCUGCAGAUGGAGUGAAAUCGUCUGGAAGGCUAAGAGGAAUGAUUCUUCGCUCUCAGCUGAUUGUUUUACUGCAAAAUAAGCUGUUUAACGUCACAAUGGAGGAUUGGGAAAGUGGAAAGAUUGACAUGAAAAUGUUCCGUAAAGCAUAUCCCAGAUACCCUACAAUUGGAGAAAUAAAUUUAACAGAAGAGGAGCUUAGAUGUGUUUUGGACUUGAGGCCUUUUAUGAACCCAUCGCCCUAUACUGUUCAACUGACAUCAUCUCUUCCAAGAGUUUUUCGUCUGUUCAGAGCACUAGGUCUGCGUCACUUGGUGGUUGUCAAUAACUUCAAUGAGGUAGUUGGAAUGGUCACCAGGAAAGACCUAGCCAGGUAUAGAGUGUGGAAACAUUUUGGAAGAACGGGUGUUGAGGAAUUGAAGAUAUCUGAAAAAAUGUAAUCUCAUUGCUCAUGGCAGGUUCUGUAUGUAGAAUCAUGCUCAAUUUCUUUUAGCUGAAAAAACUGCCCUCAAUUUUUGUUACUGUAGAUUUGUGUUUAAUAUUAUUUUUAGUUUUGUUUUACGUUGGUUGACAAAAACUUUGUUUCUGUUUCCAAGUUCGUAGUAUCCUGAUUGGCAACAUGUUCAUUUUAAUUUCAUUUGUUUACGUGGUUACACAGUUUUACUUACCUUGGUCAAAAUAAUUUUGAUGCAUGAUUAUAAAAAUCUCCAGUUAUAAAAAUGUAGUAAAAAGAUCAGAAAAGUAACCAGUUAUUUUGCUAAACAGUCAAUAAAAUCCUAUCUAAACAAGGUGUAACUUUAAAUUAGCUUUUAUUAUUUUGGUAAAAGAUGAUGUCUAAGGUUAAAAUGUUUAGUAGAAGGUAAGUAACAUGUAGUUAUUGUCUUGAUUUAUGUUCAAACAUUUUAUACCCUUCUUAUUGAAAUAUCAGAUAAUCUUAAAGUUUUUCAAUGCAUUGAUUUCAAGGGUUUUUAAUGAAAUCGUCUGUGAUAAGUAAUUUGGAGAGGCAUUCAAAAUCUUUGUAUAUAACAGUUGCCGGCAGUUUAGUUAGUAGAUUUGUUACCAGUGCUGGAUCUAUGAGUGUUUGGAAGAGAAUUAGAAAUAAAACAAAUAAUUGGUGGCAAAAUCCCAAGAUCUGAGUAAAGGUUUUUUAUUUCAUAAUUAUACUACUCAAUGUGAUAAUAUUAUUCUAUGUUGCAUGUUUGUAUACUUAUUUGACAUUAGAAUUAACUUUAUGUACAGUAUUUACGCAGGUAUUAUUUUUGUAUGUGUUUAAAGAGUCCAACAGACUAAUCAAUAUUUCUGGACAGGUAUUAAAAAACAAAACUAAUUUUUUUUUUAAUUACUCAACAGAAUACAUUUUAACUUGUAUUCUGGUUUAUUAACCGUGCAGACAAACAAAAUUUAUGUAAAAUAAUAAUCAGUUACAUUUAUUUUCUGCUUGUGUUUCUAUAAAUGUUAAACUAAAGGAUUAAACUACUUUUACUAUGUAAAUAACACCUGUAUUACAUUAUUAUUUAAUUUAUUUACAUACCUAUUUUUUUCUUUGGUCAAAUCAAAUUAAUUAUUUAUUGCACAUAAUGUUUGUGCAGAUUGUUGCUAAAGUAACCACUAACUGGUGUAUUGCCAUACCAUAGUAUAUUGUGCCCUAAUAUAAUAUGACAUAAAUAAUAGGUGAUAAAACCUUAGAAAGGAUAAAGUAAUGAUUAUAUUAGACAUUUAAAAUAUUAAAAAACAUAAAUGUUUGUCUCUGCUUAUUCAAAUUUAUUGGGUUAUUUGUAUAAAUUCAUUCUUUACAUUAGCUUAAAAGUGGUUUGAAAAGUUCUUUGAAUGAAAUAAAAAAGUUUGAUUUUAUUCAUUAAACAUUUUAAAACUUUUCAAUAAUCUGUGGCUAUUUUGAAUAUAUUUUUCAAAAAUUUUCACUCUGAUGCAUUUAUGAUGGCUACUGCCUUACAAGGGAAUGCAAGUUAAAUGCUGGCUAUACAUCAGAGACUCUACUUUUGACACGGUUGCCUCGUGUUUAAAACUGCAUUAUAAAUAGGAAUUCUGUCUCAAAUGCUUAAAAAUAUUUAAAACAGAAACUAACAUUAUAUGUUUAGUGACAAUGAGUUGUUAAAAAUAAGAUUAUUUGUUAAUACUUUCACUUUGGAAAUUUACAUUCUGUAUAGAUUUUUCUCAUAACAAACUACAUUGAAUAUAAAUUAUAAAACAUUAGUAUUAAAAGAUAAUCAUAUUGAAAACAAUUUAUUAGUAUUCCAUUGUUAAAAUGUAAUAUGUUCACUCAAGUGAAAUCCCUACAGUUCCUAAAAUUUUCUGCACUUUAGAUGGCAUAACACUUAAGUCUGCUCCAUGAAUGUUUUAUAUACUUGUCAAUACAUUUUGAGCUAGUGACCCAUCUUAGCUGACCACUUUGUGGAUCGUCUAAGUUGCUCUAAUCAAACCAACAUGUACGUCUUCUUGACAGCAUAUUAAUAUGGAGCAACAACGUCUUCCAUUUUGUUCUGAAAAUAGGCAUGCAUUUCCUUUGGUUUCAUACCGUCUUUGCAAAGGACCUAAUCACAGCUUGAAAGAGAGAUCUGUACCACAUAUGUUGGUGGUUCUGAGAUCUUUUCAAACCCUCCUCAUAUUACAAAAAGUUGACUGAAAAAGAUUUAUGAAUGGCCUCUUGUAUUAAAUAGUUUUGUUUUUAAUUAGAUUUGCUGUAUAAUAUGUCUUAUCUGAAGAAUAUUUCAUUGUUAGUUAUAUUUCAGAGUUUUACUAUCUAAAGUCAUCUUCAGUUUUAUGCUGCAUGCAUUUUUUUACAUUGAAAGAUUCUUGUUUAAAAUGUUAUGUUUUAUAAUUACUUGAAUUAAAAAAUUAAAUACUUGUAUUAAAACACAAACACUAGAGAUUAAGUGUUGACCAAUUCCAAUUCUCAUUAAUUACUAGAUUUUGUGUGUCAAUUAACAAUAAUACUUAGUGUAUUGGCUCUUUAUACACAGCAUUUUAGAAUAAAGUGCAGAUUUUGUGUGUGAUGGUAGACAAUAUCCCAAGCAUAAUUUGAUAGGAAUCUAGCAAGUAGUUAAUAAAAUAAGUCACAAGGUCAUUGUGUUAUAUGCACAAUUUAUUAACAUAUGUUUUAAUAUUAUGACACCAUCCAUGUUCAAUGUGUGAAAUAAUGGAAUAAAGAUAUUUCUGACACCAUUAGAGAGAAAAGAUAACUUGGGAUAGCUUGGCAGUUGACGGAGGCAGUUCAUAUUAUACAAUAAGAGGAAAAUAAGAGUAAAUUCAUGGUAAUUCCUUUCACGAGGUUCUGUGAUUAAUACUAAAUGUGAAAUACAACUUUAAAUUCCAAUGAUGUGCUCAUGGAGAGAACUGUGACUAGCCACUUGCAACACUGAAGCAUGUCUGAACACAAUAAGAUAUGCACAGAAAUAGUCACAUUUAGCCCUAGAAAAUAUUUCAAGUGUCCAGAAUUCACAGUUUCAAGAAUCAUUCUCCAUAAAUGUUUUGAUUUGUGGUUUGUAAUUGGCUGGUAGAGCUUAUAUGCUUCAAUCCUGCCCAAUUUAUCACACUCGCUUUGGUUUUACGAGACAUCUGUACAAGAUUUCUUUGACAGUUUCAUUCUCCUGGCACCCAGGAUAAUCCUUCAGGAGGAAUGUGGUUUGAUGGUGUGUCAGCACAUUUCACCAUAAUUUUCCCCACCUGUAACUACUUGGAAAAAGAGUUUGCAUGUUGAAGGAUUGGUCAAGGUAGGCCAGUGCACUGGCCAGCAACAUCAUUUGACUUUACACCUAUUUACUUUGUUUUGGGUGUGGAUGAAGCACCAGUCCUAAAGAGAUAGGAAGACAUUCUAGUCAGCUCUCCCACAAUGAAGGAUUCAAUGAUUUAUAGGGUUAAAUUAUUGUUGAUUCAACAAAAUGCCAGAUGUUGUGAACUAGGGUGUUCAAAAAUAAGGUUGUGAUGGACUUACUGCAAUGCUGUUAGUUUUUCAGUGUUGAUUAAACGUUAUUUUUUGCUUUAUUAAUAAUUAGAAAGUUAAUUUGAUGAUGGAUAUAUAUAUAUAUAUAUAUAUAUAUAUAUAUAUAUAUAUAUAUAUAUAUAUAAAAUACUUGGGAAUGGAUUUAAAAGUUUACUAUUUCUUUUAUUAACCUACAUACGAUUUAUGGCUUACAUCGACGACGGCACUAUCUCAAAGUAGGGUAAUCUUAUCUCUCUAGUGGUGUUACUCUGCAUAUAUGACCAAUUGUUCCCAUUCUCUCAGAAAUUAUGCUUUGGUAUCAUCUACCACCACAUGAGAAAUCUAUUCUUUUCUCUAAAACACCCUACAAUUUAUUACGAUUAAUAGCAUACAUCGAUGGCACUAUCUCAAAGUAGGGUAAUCUUAUCUCUCUAGCGGUGUUACUCUGCAUAUAUGACCAAUUGUUCCCAUUCUCUCAGAAAUUAUGCUUUGGUAUCAUCUACCACCACAUGAGAAAUCUAUUCUUUUCUCUAAAACACCCUACAAUUUAUUACGAUUAAUAGCAUACAUCGAUGGCACUAUCUCAAAGUAGGGUAAUCUUAUCUCUCUAGCGGUGUUACUCUGCAUAUAUGACCAAUUGUUCCCAUUCUCUGAGAAGUUAUGCUUUGGUAUCAUCUACCACCACAUGAGAAAUCUAUUCUUUUCUCUAAAACACUCUGUAUUUGAUUUCUAUUGUUCUGUUUUCCACCCAGUUAAAGAGUGUUAUUUAAUUGAUGAAAUAACAGUAUUUAAACGUCUUACAAAGCCCACAAUGUUUUUUGUUUAAAGUUUGUUUUUGAUGGUGGAGAAUUUUUUGAAGGAAACAAUAUUUUUUAGAACAUUCAUCAUAGUAUUUUUUUAUUUCAUAUAAGAUUGAAAAAUGUCCAAGCAAAUCCUGUUACCUCAUAAUAUUAGUAAUGCAACAAGUUCUGUAACAAGUUUUUAAUUUGUUAGGAAGUAAGAAAUCAGGUGCUAAUAAACUAGUUAAAGUAUUUAAGGUGCCUUUGUAUAUAACAUUAUAUACUUAUCAUAUCAUAGUGUGACAAACUAAUAGUUUAUUUGAUUUAAUACUGUUACAUUAUUUAUUAUAACACUUACAGCAUUUCCACAAAGUAUAUGUUAAAUAUUAUACCAGUUUUAAUGUUAUGUUGUACUUUAAUGAACAAACUGAUUUACUGUCCUGACUUAUAUGAAUAUUUCUGAAUAAUUAGUAUAUAUCAUAUCUUGACGAAUAAGGAUUGCAAAAAUGUUCUGCAACAAAGUAUUCUGACUCAAACAUAUGAACCCUUCAAAACCUAUUAUUUAUUAAUUAAUUAGUAUAGUACAUAUUAAGAAUUCAAGUACAACCUAAUAAAUGUAGUUUAUUCUGUACAAUAAUGUAUGUAUGUAUAUACAGUGUAUAUUAUGUGUUAUGCAAUUAUAUAUUUUAUAUUUGUGUCGAAAGUGUU